GGCCAGCACCGUGGUGGCCACCGUAGCCCUCAACCGCUGCUGCCAGAGAGAUCAAGCAAGUUAUGCAUCCAAGCUAUUAUCCUGGCGGUCGUGGCUCAUCUCCGGAGGGAGCUGGAAGAGCCUUGUGGUGGGACAAGGGAUGGGGACUCCACCACGUCCCUGGGCAGCCUCUGCCAGUGCUUCACCACUCUUCUGGUGUCCAAUCUGAACGUUCCCUGGUGCAACUUGAGGCCAUUCCCACUUGUUCCAUCACUUGGGAGGAGAAGGCACCAACACCCACCUCACCACAACCUCCUUCCAGGUGGUUGUAGACAGCGAUGAGGUCUCCUCUCAGCCUCCUUUUCUCCAGGCUAAACCACCCCAGGUCCUUCAGCUGCUCCUCAUAACCUUUGUUCUCCAGCCCCUUCCCAGCUCCGUUCUCUUCUCCGCACAUGCUCCAACGCCUCAAGGUCCUUCUUGGAGUGAGGGGCGCAAAACCAAACCCAGAAUUCAAGGUGUGACCUCACCAGUGCCGAGUCCAGGAGCGCAAUCCCUGCCCUGGUCCUACUGGCCACGCUGUUUCUGAUCCAAGCCAAGAUGCCGUUGGCCUUCUUGGCCACCUGGGCCACUGUUGGGCCAUGUUCAGCUGCUGUUGACCAACACCCCCAGGUCCUUCUCCAUAGGGCAUCUUUCCCAGCGGCUCCUCCCCAAGCCUGGAGCUGCUCGGAGUUGUUGCAUCCCAUGUGUAGGACCCAGGACUCAGCCGUGGUGAACCUUGUUGAAGGUUCCUCCACAGACAAACCUCCUGGUGCUCAUCUUGGGAGCUCCGGAUAUGGCAGACGAAGCCAUGGAUUGGUGCCAGAGUGAGAUGCCGGAUUCAGGAUCCGGCCGUGUUAUUGUUUCUCUUCCUUGCUUUGCCUGCUUCUUAUUCCCUUCUUCCUCAUCUUCCUCCAGCAAGAGCCGGUGCCACCUCCGUGUGAUGGACCUGACGGAUCUCCAGGAUGACGAUGCUGAGCGUGGACCAGAAGGGAUGAGCCUGUGGUCCGGCACGGUUGCGUUGGCCAAAGCCUGCUUGGAGGUCUCCAAAUACCAAAGUGAAUUCCUGAAACGCAGCUCCAAGCGCCGGAAAGGUCCUUCCGGCACUUCAGCAGCUCCACAGCCCCUUGGUGUGGAGAUCCGUGCCGAUCUCUUUGUCAACGGCACAUCCUUUGGGAUCCUCCGGGAUGCUCUUCAAACCGCCGGCCCCCUGCGUCUCAAAUGCCGGGAUUUCCAUGCGGAAGAGCUCUCCGUCGCUGGCACCGUGAGUUUGUUGGAAUCCCUGGAACCCGCUGGAGUGCGUCGGGUCGAGCUGCGCUUCAACAACCUUGGGUUGUCCGGACUCUGCGCCGUAUUCCCACAUCUUGCCAGAUUCCCGGAUCUCCUCAGCCUCAAACUGCCUUACAGCAACGUUGACGUGCGGCGCCUGAUGUCAGGGAUGGAUCCCGGCUUCCGGAGCCUUGCUGCGCAGCUGGGAAUUCUACCCAACCUCAAGGAGCUCAACUUGGGUUCUUCCUGGCUUUCGGGGCAACUGAGGCAACUCCUUGGCGACCUGCGGACUCCCCUGGAGAGCCUGGAGCUUCCCUUCUGCUCCCUCCUUCCUGGUGACUUCGCCUUCCUUUCCCAAAGCCUCCACGCUGCGGCGCUGAGGAAGCUGGACCUGAGCGGCCACAAUUUCUCCGACCACCUUCUCCAACCCCUCCAGCAUCUCCUGGAGGAGACCUCACCCUCGCUUCUCCACCUGGACCUCAUGGAAUGCCGGCUGACGGACACACGGUUGGAGGUUCUUCUGCCAUCACUUUGCCGCUGCUCCCACCUUCGCUGCCUUGGACUUUUCGGCAACUUCUUCUCCACACCAGGACUCUGGACCUUGGUCCGGAAAACCGCGGUUCUUCUGGAUUUACGCCUGGUGGUUUACCCUUACCCCACCGACUGUUACGUCCCGGAGCUGCCCCGCGCCGUUGGUCUCCUCGCUGAGGACGCCCUGGAUGAGGAACGUUUCGCCGCCGUCAGUGCCGAGCUGAGCCGGAUGUUGGUGAGCUCCGGCAGAGCCGAUGCCGUAUGGACCACCAGUCUCUGCCGGCACAGUGCUCUUGACUGCUUCUCCUUGUAGCUCGGCGUCACCCGAGCCCUCUUUUCUCCCAAAACUCCACGUUUCCUCUAAAAAUGUGGUGUUUCUCUCCAAAUUAUGUUUCCUCUUCAAAAUUCCAAGUUUCCUCCUCAAAAUUUUGAGUUUCUUCCCAAAACUUGGUGGUUCCUCCCCCAAAUUCCAUAUUUCCUU